UAUUGAUCCCCACCGAGGACCCAACUCAAUCCUAGCCCUCCACCAUCAUCAUGUAACUACGGAUUCCAGCUCUCAGACAACGCCAAGCCCGGCCAUCAUGCAAAACCUGUCCCUGCAAUCAAUCGCAGUCUGCAAAGUUCAUAUUUAGAGAGGGUAAUCCAGAAUUAUUUGCAAAGCUUUGUCUUCUCCAUGAAUCCACGCCAGCUCUCGGGUCCUCCUCCUCCUUAAGUACUGGCCGUCACCAUGUUGGAGAGGAGACUGGGCAGCUGGCACUGAUGGGGAACUGCACUGUGAAGGGUACAAUGGUGAGCUGCUCCGUGAAGGGCGCCACCGUGAGCUUCACCGUCCCGGAAACCACCAAAGAAGGGAAGCUCGAGGCUGCCGGAAGGAUCAGGGACAUAGCCUCCGCAGAGCCACCGGCCACUCGCAAAGCCAGCGGAAGCGCAGGUCGACCCAGGAACUACCAGGGGACAGAAACCUUCAAGAACCUGGAAGUCUUGCCGUCGCCGGAGAAGGGCGUGUGGAGAGUGAGGAUGGCGAUCAGCUCGGAGCAGCUGGCGGAGAUAUUGUCAGAGCAGGCGAACACGGAGGCCAUGAUCGAGAGGAUGAGGACGUACGCAAGCACGGCUGAGGCAGCGCAGAAGCAACCCAAGAGCAAGAGAGCGGCAGAUUGGAUGAGUCAACACUGCGAGCAUGUGUUUGCCUGUUAGUAGAAGAAGAGCGUUUAAAAUUACUUGUUCUGACUGUUAGGUUAUCUUUCAUGUGCCUGAUGAGACUUUGUAGCACUAGUAGUUCUUCCUUCUUCUGUUCUUGGGCUAAUAAUAUUAAUCUGUUGGUGCUUCAUUUCACGUAGCAUCCCUUAAGGAGAUGAUUGUGUUUCUUUCUGUGCAACCUCACGGAUGAAUGAAAAAUCUUGUUUGAUCC